CUGAAGCACCCAGAGUGCAGAGCACUCGUCUGAGGAGCGCACAGCAGGGUCACCCCGCGCGAGGCUGGGCGGUAGCUGCACCGCUCCGCACCUCUCCGCGGGAACUCCGCCAAGUUUUUUGGGGGGAACACACACAUGCACACACACGCACGGGUCGGGGGUGCUCUUCUAUUGCAGUCGCAUCCUCAGCCCCGCCGUUUUUCGGCCACGGUGCCGGGAGGAGGCUCCGCGUUGUCCCCGCAGCCAGGCUAUUCCCACAGCCCCGCGGCCGCGGAACUUCGCUCCGCGGGUGCGGAAGGGAGGGAGCAGCUCCGCACCGCGGCCCCCGCCCGCCCCGCGAUGGGCAAGAGCCGUCUUUUUGACGCAGGAGAAAUGGCAAAUUUUAAAUGGAAGAAAAACGACGCAAGUACUCCAUCAGCAGUGAUAACUCAGACACCACUGACAGUCACACCACAUCCACCUCCAGAUGCUCCAAAAUUCCGAAUACCAAAUCCCCCUGGUCACGGCAGAAGGAGAAGAAACCCUCUGAGGUUUUCCGGACGGAUCUGAUAACAGCCAUGAAGAUCCCUGACUCCUUCCAGCUGAGUCCUGACGAGUACUAUGUUCUGGCUGAUCCUUGGAGGCAGGAGUGGGAGAAGGGUGUCCAGGUGCCAGCAAGUGCCGAGGCCAUCCCUGAACCUGUGGUCAGGAUCAUCCCCCAGCUGGAGAGCUCUCUUUCCCAGGUUUCACCGAGCAGCCUGCCUGGCUCUGAGAUCUCAGAAGCUACAAGGACUUACUUGCAAGGAAUGAGCCGCUAUGACCUGGACGAGCUCGAUGCCUGCUGGUUGGAACUGGUUAACAUGGAGCUUAAGGAAAUGGAGAAGCCUGAGCUGGACGAGAUCACCCUGGAGCGAGUGCUGGAGGAGCUGGAGACCAUGUGCUACGAGAACAUGAACAUGGCCAUCGAGACCGAGGAGGGCUUGGGCAUCGAGUAUGACGAGGACGUGGUGUGUGACGUGUGCCGCUCACCGGAGGGCGAGGACGGCAACGAGAUGGUGUUUUGUGACAAGUGCAACGUCUGCGUGCACCAGGCGUGCUAUGGCAUCCUGAAGGUGCCCAUUGGGAGCUGGCUGUGCCGGACCUGUGCCCUCGGUGUCCAGCCCAAGUGUCUGCUGUGCCCCAAGAGGGGGGGAGCACUGAAGCCCACCCGGAGCGGGACGAAAUGGGUCCACGUUAGCUGUGCCUUAUGGAUUCCUGAAGUUAGCAUUGGAUGUCCUGAAAAAAUGGAACCCAUUACGAAGAUCUCCCAUAUCCCAGCAAGCAGAUGGGCUUUGUCCUGCAGCCUCUGCAAGGAGUGCACUGGGACAUGCAUUCAGUGCUCCAUGCCCGCCUGUGUCACCGCGUUCCACGUCACCUGCGCCUUCGACCACAACCUGGACAUGCGGACGAUCCUGGCAGACAACGACGAGGUCAAGUUCAAGUCCUUCUGCCUCGAGCACAGCACCGGGGCCACCAAACUGCCCGAGGAGGCACGGACAGAGCCCGACCAAGCCCAGCUGGACUUGGAGAAGGUCACGCUGCGGAAGCAGAAGCUCCAGCAGCUGGAGGAGGACUUCUAUGAGCUCGUGAAGCCUUCAGAGGUGGCAGAGAACCUUGACUUAAGUGAAUCUCUGGUGGAUUUUGUCUACCAGUACUGGAAGCUGAAGAGGAAAGCAAACUCCAACAAACCGCUGCUGACACCAAAAACGGAUGAAGUGGACAACUUGGCUCAGCAAGAGCAGGAUGUUCUCUACCGACGCUUAAAGCUCUUCAUGCACCUCAGGCAAGACCUGGAGAGGGUUAGAAAUCUCUGUUACAUGGUGACGAGACGGGAGAAAAUGAAACACACCAUUUGUAAACUGCAGGAGCAGAUCUUCCAUCUCCAGAUGAAGCUUAUUGAGAAUGAUCUUUACCCAGCACAAACUGGGAAGAAGACAAAGGGUAAGAAAAGUGACCCAAGAAGGAAAGGAAGAGAUGGUAGAAAAAGUAGUCCUGAGAAGACAGAGAAAAGGAAAUCGGUCAACGAAACUGUUUUGGGACAACUGGGCUUGUCAACCUCCUUCCCCAUUGAUGGGACCUUCUUCAACAGCUGGUUGGCACAGUCAGUGCAGAUCACCGCGGAGAACAUGGCCAUGAGCGAGUGGUCACUCAACAAUGCCCACCGUGAGGACAGCACCCCUGGCCUCUCUGAGGAGCUCCUUCAGGAUGAGGAGACCUUGCUGAGCUUCAUGAUGGACCAUUCCCUCAGGUCCCCAUUCAGGCAGAGUGAGGCCACAAAGAAAGUGAAAAGCAGAACGAGAACGAACACUAAGAAAAAGCUGCCAAGGAGCAGCCCCUCUGCAGUGGGUGAGGGCCACCCAGAGGGCUCAGAGUCCUGGACUAACAAUGCCAGCCACUUUUCAGAUGAUCCCACCAAGCCCUUCGCUCUGGAUUCCAGACCAAGCAAGUCAGAAAAAGGGGCAGCAAAGCUUCCCACUGACCGCAAGGGGACGGGCGAGGCCAAAAAGGUGGCCAAGAAGGGCUCUCUGCAGAAAGGCAGCGAGCCUCAUCCCCCUGCUGGGGCACGGGGCUGCGUCAGCAAGGAGGAGGAGGAGGAGGAGACAGCGCACUGCGCUCAGACGGAGCCCAGCCCCGCAGCCAAAGUGCCUGACUCCAUAGGUAGCCCCAAAACCAUCGUGCGGUUCAAAUUACCAAAGGAGAGCCGGGGGGCGCGGCGGUCGCAGCCCCCCAAGGCUGACAGCACUGCUGGAGCUCCCCUGCGUCGCUUCGACGCCGACACGGACGGAUACUUCUCGGAUGCCGAGAUGAGCGACUCAGACGGGGAGUCCCGCAGUGGCCGGGCGCAGCGGGGCCAGCUGGACACGGCUGGCGAGGACAUUGUCAGGAUGAGCAUCCUGGCAUCCUAACUCCUCCCACCACACCGGCUUGAUGAGGCCUCAACCCAGUUCCAACUGCCAUGUCCGAUUUCUGCCUAGUAGCACGGCGAGGGGGGUUUUUAAUAUGUGUAUAUAGUUGGAAAUUCGGCACUGUUGUCUUUCUCUUCUUGAAACGCCUGAGAUAUAGCUUCAGCUUCACCAACAUCAAUGACUGUGACAGCAGUGGUCGCUCCCCAGCUCCCUGCCAGACCCCACUUCCUGGGAACGUGAGCCGGCACCCACCAGGACUGAUGUCGAGGAUGCUGAGAGGGUGGAGGGUGCUGGUACCCAUGCGUUCUGCAGGGAUGACAGUUCAAUUAAUGGGCAUUAUUUAAUGAGGGGCAGAUCUCUGCCUGGGAUGGUUGCCCUCAGAGCAGGGAGCGAGCAGAGGGUCCAGCAGUGGCCAGCUGUGGGAGGGGAAAUUCCCACCUGUGUGUGCAGAGAGAAGGAAGCGAAAUAAGUGAUUCUAAAAUAAAUAAUGACUAAAGCACAAAAAGCUUGUUGGAGGAAAACGCUUGGGGUGGAAGAGAGCAAUGUUGCAUUUCUGUUUUUAGGGGAAAAAAAACCCUUGGUCAUUAUUUUUCUCCUCACCUUUCCAUCUGGUUGGGAUCCGUCCAGGGGCCAGGAUGCAAAAGUCCUCUCAGCCCAUGUCCCCACUGAGAUUCUUAGAAACUCUGAAGUGAUUUACUCAGUUGAAUGGAUCAGCAAGUGGAAAAUGGAAAUGUGGGGCAAGAUGGAGGAAGAAAGCGUCCUUUUAAACCACCGUGGGGAGUCAGGGUUCGUGUAACCCGGGAGUUGAGCAAUUUUUUUUGCCCAUGCUUCUCUUCAAUGCUGCCAUGGUCCCACCAUGCCAGGGCAGCACAUUUGAAAUCCCCCGUGCAAACCAAAACCAUGGCCCCAAGGCCAAAUGUGCCGUCACUGAGGGGAAAUGGCAACCCUUGCCACCACCAUUGUGUUUUCCUACUAAAUGCUACAAUGGAAAUGGUGAAUUUAUUCCUCUCCAUCCUUUGUUUUGGUUUGGGUUUUUUUUAACCUUAAAUCCUGGUUACAAGCUGUUGACUCAUUGUGGAGGGGUGAUUCACAGAAGCUGACAUUAUGAGUAUUACAGUAAUUUAAUGCAUAAAAUGUCCCCAGUAAGCCUUAAAUGUUGUUUAAAAGCCCAUGUUACCUAUAAGUCAGGCGAAUUUCCAUGUUUGCACUUAAUUGCACCAUUACUUCGGUUUUGGCUUCAAAGGUCACAGUUAAGUCAUGCUACGUGUUUUAUUGGAGUGACCCCAGUGUGAGCUCAGGGAACAAAAAAAAAAAAAAGGAAUUCACUGAAACUUUUGUUGUUGUUGUUUUUUAAAAAUGUUUAAAAAAAACUAAAAAAAAAAAACAAAAAAACAAAACCAACCCAAACCUGGGACACUUCUGCAACCGGUUAAAUCCAUCACUAAACAAAAAAAACCUUGCAAUUGUCAAACCAAUCAGUCAAAGAAUUUUGUGGAUGCCAAAGAAAUAUACUGACAGUCAAGCAGCACAGCCAGAAACCGGAAACUUGUCAUUAUGAAAAAAAAUUGGAAGUUAUUUAGCAACCAAGGACUAAAGACACACUCAUACCACACUGCUGCGGCGUUAGGUUCCAAGCUUGCUCCGAGGGAUGCUGCUGCUCCGAGACCGCAUCCUGCCAUUUUGGUUUCCGAUGCUUUUUGCUCAUUUCACUGUGAGCUUUCUUUUUGAAACUCUGAGACUAUUUCGAUUGAUGUUUUAGAGUAGGUCAUCAUCUUUAUCAGCCUUCCAAAGUCCUUAUUGUUGAUAAAAUUGCAGCAAAGAUCAGCGAUGACAGCCCAGCUGAUCCCAGACACGGUGACCAGUGGGGGCUUCGGGUGGGAUGCCCAGCCCUGCCUAAGCCCAACCUGGCUGAGACUGGCCGUGCCUGGGGAGGAAUCAUCCUCACAUAGGAAAAAUGUGACACAAGUUAUUAGUGGGGAAAACAAAAAAAAAGAAAAAAAACAGCAAAAUACCAACAAAACAGGAACCAUCUUUGUUAAAAAUUAGCAUAAUCCAUCGAGGUUGGAAA